CAACACCAAACAUAAACAUUUCGUGGUGGCUACAUCGAAAUUCUGUUUACAGGAAAAAAUAUUUUCAUUUGGUGAUGGUCAUGCGUUGCGGGGCUCCGUUUUGUAUGCAGCAACCCGGAUGUGGUGCCUCAUUCUACCCGUUCCCCCAAAAGAAAGAUAUUGAGCGGCGGCGUCUUUGGAUAGAGAGGCUUUCGGUGCCGGAGGAUGAGUGGUCCUCCUCGAAGUUGAUUGCUUGCGAUCGGCACUUCUCCGGAGCUCAAUUCACAAAAACAGCUAAAGGAAAGCAUUUGUCUCGAGGAGCUGUCCCGGAUCAGUUCGUUGUGGCAGUAGAAAUUGAUUCGUGUAAAGUGCUGCACAACGUUUGUCGCUUUUGUCUGGAGACGUCCGAUAAUAGAAUGGAAAGUAUAUGUCAUUAUCAGAAUAAACCUGAGAUUCCAACGGUUAGAGAAAUCUACCAAAUUUUUGGCAUAGAGAUAAAUCCUGACGAUAAAAUACCACAAUUGAUUUGCGUGACUUGUCUAUCGAAGAUAAACUACAUCAAGCGUAUUAGGAGUCAAUUCCGCGCAAAUGACUUGAAACUUCGUCAAAUGUUUCUUGUUGGGAAUGCUCCUACGGCAAGCAAGCGAGAUUAUGAGGUGGCGACGGAAAACUCUGCAACUUGUUCCACGGUCAAAAGUGUAUCCCCAGAUGUUUCGAAUGAGAAUACCAUCGCUUUGGAACUUGUGACCGAUACAGAUUUUCAGGACGAACAAAUUACUAUAAUAAAACGACUCACGGACGAGGGAGAUACCGGCGAAAGUGAUGAUGAACUCAACCAAAACACCCAGUUGAUCACCGCAGAUCAAUUAACAAUCAUGGCAGAGGAAGUAGAAAUAGAAAACAUAGACAUAAAAAAUGAACACUCCGAGGAUGAUAAUGGUGACGAUAAUGACCCACAUAGCCUGUUCACUAGCGAAAUUGAGCCUCCUAACGAUGACUACAUGAGGAAGUUACCAACGAUUGAAGAGUUCGGAGCGCUGGAUGAUUCGCAGUCCGACGAAGAAGAAAUCAGCCCUGGGAAGAAACAUCGGACUUAUAGACCAUUCCGGUACACCAAGAGACGAAGGGACGAUGGAGUGCAAAAUUAACAUGAACAAUGUUUUGCAAUCUUUACUUUGACAGAGAUAAUUUAUGUAUCUAGAUAUAUAUAUCUAUAUAUCUGAUCGGGCAUACUCAUGUACUUCGAAAAUCCGUUUUCAGAAAUGAAGAAAGCGAAAAAAAAUGUAGCGUCUUUUAAAUUUUAACCCGCUUAGUUCGCACGUAGAUAACGCUGCGGGCAAUGAGGAGGAUUCACCGAAUAAGGUGUGUCCGCGAUGACAAAUGUACAGUGUCGACGUCUGGUGAUAACAGUCCUACAUGUGAGGUAAAUUACUUUCUAACGGAUAGCAGGCUCGAAGGAUGUUUUGAAUGAAAAUUUUUGCAACUUGUUAUUUGAUUGCGUAAAACACGAUUUCGAUUUACACCUACACCUACGUUAGAGCUUUAAGUUAGAGUUUUGUAUAUUUUCGAUGGUUUCAACACGCGAUUUGACCAAAAUCAUAGAUAAUCUUCGGAAGUUUUAAGUUUGAUAAUGCAUACAGGAUAUUAAAACUGUGGGUAAUGGUGAUGAAAUCGAUAGCACAUUGAGUUGGCUAAUAUCAUUGACCGCUUAAGACGUAGGACUACGCUAUUUUUUUUUUUUGAGAUGUGUUGACUUAUCAUUUCGGAUAUUAUUUGCGAAUACUUCAAAAUUUCAUAAAUAAUUCUUUUGAAAAAAGUUCCGGGGACGGGUUAACGAGAGGCAUCUUUUGUGCAUCGCCAUUCAACAAGCAUCAAACACGCGUCUAACAGAUGCACACAGUUGCAGCAAUAAAAAUGAAACAUCGCGAGAAUGAUCGUUAAUGAAAAAUCGUUUCUGGACUCUCGGUCAAAACCGUCAACAAAGCUAGGAGCUUGUAGUUUCAGAAAAGAGCCGAUGCGCACGAGAGCAAAUACGAAUGACAACUAAAAGUAUUGAAGGUGUGCUAUUUACAAAUACAGUUAGCGUUCACAGCUCCAGGGGAAACUCAAAACACAAAACGAGCAGAAUAGCGACGUUUGUUGUUUCGGGCACAGAAAGAUUCUGACAAUUUUCCUCAGAGGGGAUGCAAAACAAACUAACGCUAACUACAAAGUAAACUACAACCUUGCAUAGUAAGUAAGCUAUCGUACUCACUAUGCAAGGGUGUAGUUUACUUCGCAAAUAUUCUCUUUUCUCUAUCCCCCUUCUUUGUUUCUAUUCUAGCGGCUGCAUAAGUUGCCCGUUAUUGACAGCUCUGUUCGGAAAAGCACACAAAUGAACAGAACAAAUGUAUGGGGAAAUGGGAAUGCUUUCAAUUUUCAUCAAUUUAAACAAUCUACAGACUAUGGGAUUGUAAUGUAUAGAAUACAAAACAAAUCUUAGAAAAUUUGCGAUUCGAUUGGUAUGCAAAUCAUUAAAAUCCGUUCGCAGCAAAAAUAGUUAUAAUGUUAACUUUAUUUCAUAAAAACGUGAACUGUUUUCUGAUUUGGCACCCUUAAUGUAAGACGUAGUCCUACGUCAAAAAAAAAUUAAAGUUACAACAUUUAUACCAAGCCAUUCUUCAUAAUAUACAUACCACAUUGUAAAAUGAUGAUUUUCUUACCGAAUUUUUCUUUACGAAUCGUCGCAAAGUACGGGAAUGAGUGUUCUUUUAAAAAUCUCAGCAUAGAUGGACAAAAACCCGGACCAAGUAAUCCCGAAUUGGACCGAAAAGUUGUAAAUUAUAUUCAGCAGAAUUGGUCUGCAUCUAUUCGUGAUUUCAAAGUAAUAAAAUAAUUCAAGGUUAUCCACAUAGCUUGAAACUUGAUUCUUCAUUUUUGUUACAUAGUUUCAUCUAUUUUGUCAUUAUCCUGUUGAACUAAUUUCGCUUUCUUAAUUCGUGAAUUUGCAGCUGUUUUUGCCUUUUUCAGUUCUUCAAGUUUAUCUUUCUGCUUCAUCCGCUUCCUCAACUUUUUCUUUCUGUUUCAAUUCAGUUUUCCUUUUCCUUUCCUCAUGUUUUUGGCGCUUCGUCAUUUCAAUCAACUUCUUUGCAGGUUCUACUUCGUUAUACAACUUAUCCCAGAACUCGCUUGUGACCACUGCAGGAGUAACGUGAGGCUCACUUUUACCGUGAGUUGAUGAGUUACCAGGAUACGCGGUAACAUAGGGAGAAUUCAACGUUUCUUCUGUUAGAAGUUCAUCCAGUUGCAUAUAGUUCACUAAUUAUUCAACUUCCUUCAUAUCAAUCUUCUGGUCUGUAAUUGAAAAACAUGUGCAUUAUAAUUUUUAUGUUUUUAUUUAUAUAUAAAUUAUGUGUAGAAUUCAUUUUUAUUGUAUUUGAGAUUUCGAAUUAUAUUGGUGCGUUAUAUAAAUCUACGCUUUGCAUCCAUAAUAAAGCUGAAAACUCACAU